GACAGUUCUGAUUGAUUGCGGUGUUUUAGGGUUUAAGGGCACACACGCUUCUUUUUCUUUUCUCAUUUUUUCAGAAAAACAGUAACGUUGGUAUAAACCUUAAACCCUUCAAAAUCAUAGGAUCAAACAAUACAAAAAAGCGGAAAACCCAAAAACCUCUGUAACUGUUUUUUUUUUGUUGAAAAUGGAUAAGAACAUUUUUGGUGAAGUAGAUAAUCUUCCUGAAGAAGAUAAGAAAAGAAUGACUACUAUGGUUGAACAGCUUCAAACUCGUGAUAGUCUUAGGUUGUAUAAUUCAUUAGUGGAGAGAUGUUUUAACAAUUGCGUCAGUUCAUUCUAUCGGAGUUCGUUGAACAAGCCAGAGGAAACAUGUGUCCUCAGAUGUGCUGGAAAAUACUUGAGGUUUUCAUCGCAUGUGGGCGUUAAAUUCUCAGAUAUCAACCAAGGAGCAUCUACAACAGACAAACAAUAAUGGUUUGUGUAACUGAAAUAUUGAUUUUGUUAGGUUUGUAUUCUUUUUUACUGUCAAUAACUGGGAAUUAAUUGUUUUUAACUAGUGAAAUUCCUUUAUAGAUAGAAUAAAAUGAACUGGAAUUUCUAAAGGUAAGGUUUUGACGUCAAGUUUUUAUGCGAAUGCUCUUGUUUAUGUAGUUUCAUGGUAUUGAUUACUGAAGAAUUUUUCCAUUCGCGUUUUUCAUUUGUUUUUUGUAUUCAUUUCAUACAAAAUACUUAAUAUCAAGGUUCAUGGCUUAAAUA